GAGAAAGACACAAUAUAAAACGGACAAGGGCUUAGGGAGAAGGACAGCUUCGCCAAACACAACAUCUCUUCACAUCAGAGGCAGAAAAAAAUAAGGACCUAUUAUCGCAUCACCAUCGGGACCGGAACAGAGAUUUCGUUCAGCCUUAAUAGAAAUCAUAAGACCAUCGCUUAAGAGGCUAUUCGAGAAUGAUCUUUGCGGAAGAAUAGUGGGUGCUGAGUCGAGUCGCGCGCGGUGACAUUGAUUAUAUAAACAAAACGAGAAAAGCACGAUGAUCACUGUUUUAAACGGCUGCGUCGGAAUCAAAUUAAAUAAAUUGCAGCCUAAAUGUACAAUUAACAACAAUGCAGUUUGAGACUUGAGCUUGCUAUAUUUGCUAAAGGCCGGCCUUCCUCUCCCGGGCCCUGACCAACAGUCAGCCAGACAGACCAGUCCCAGGGGUUCCUCAGGUUUCUAUGACCCCAGCUCUCGAUGGCCUGCAUCACAGAGACCCGCGCCCCGUCCCCUUCCCUCUCUGGGUUCAACACCCCUCUCUCAGAGCACAACCCUCCUUUCCGGGGCCGUCUUGAAGAUACCCCUGCCUGCACCCCUGAGAUGGACUUGACCCCAACCCAGUGUGUCCUCCGGAAUGUACUAUCCAUGGACACCGGGGGGGCUCUGGAGCCUGGGGGUGGGGGGGGUGGCGGCCAUAACGGAGGACACACCUGUGGUGGCCAUAGCCCCACGCCCAGCGAGGAGCAGCAGGAGCACUUUGCCAACAGUGUGUUGAAGCUACACGAAAAUGGGGAAGGAGGGGAGAGGACAGAGGGAGAGGGCCAGGACGCAGAGGGAGGGGCAGUCCGGAACCAGGGGGAUGAUGUGAGACUGCUGUCGGGAGGCAGCGGAGGCUUUCUGGAGGGACUGUUUGGGUGUCUCAAGCCGGUCUGGACCAUGAUUGGCAAGGCUUACUCCACCGAACACAAGCACAACUUGGAAGAGUUGUGGGAGGUACCGUUUGAGGACAUCUCAGAGCUGCAGUGGGUUGGCAGUGGUGCCCAGGGGGCAGUCUUCCUGGGGAAGCUCCAUGGACAGGAAGUAGCCGUGAAGAAGGUCCGGGACAUAAAGGAGACGGACAUCAGACAUCUGAGGAAGCUCAAACACCCCAAUAUUAUCACCUUCAAGGGUAUCUGCACCCAGGCUCCGUGCUACUGUAUCCUGAUGGAGUACUGCGCCCAGGGCCAGCUGUAUGAGGUGCUGAGGGCGGGCAGGAAGAUCACCCCCUCCCUUCUAAUUGACUGGGCCAUGGGCAUCGCUGGGGGCAUGAACUACCUCCACCUCCACAAGAUCAUCCACAGGGACCUUAAGUCACCCAACAUGUUGAUCACGUACGAUGAUGCGGUCAAGAUCUCAGACUUCGGCACAUCAAAAGAGAUGAGUGAUAAGAGCACCAAGAUGUCAUUCGCCGGCACUGUGGCCUGGAUGGCCCCAGAAGUCAUCAGGAAUGAACCUGUCUCAGAGAAAGUGGACAUCUGGUCGUUUGGUGUGGUGCUGUGGGAGAUGCUAACCGGAGAAGUGCCAUAUAAAGAUGUGGACUCCUCAGCCAUCAUCUGGGGAGUCGGCAAUAACAGCCUGAACCUUCCCGUCCCAGAGAGUUGCCCAGACGGAUUCAAAAUCCUGCUGCGACAGUGCUGGAGCUGUAAGCCCAGAAAUCGCCCUUCGUUCCGCCAGAUCCUCCUACAUCUGGACAUCGCCUCAGCUGACCUGCUGUCUACCCCACAGGAGACUUACUUCAAGUCUCAGGCGGAGUGGCGAGAAGAGGUGAAGCAGCACUUUGAGAAAAUCAAGUCCGAGGGGACGUGCAUACACCGGCUGGACGAGGAGAUGAUCAUACGACGCAAAGAGGAGCUCAGACAUGCCCUGGACAUCAGGGAGCACUAUGAGAGGAAGCUGGAGAGAGCCAACAACCUGUACAUGGAGCUGAAUGCUGUCAUGUUGCAGCUGGAGCUGAAGGAGAAAGAGCUACUCAAGAGGGAGCAGUCUUUGGAUAAAAAGUACCCAGGAUGCAUCAAACACCACAGCUCCAGACAAGAGCGCUCAUCCAACUCAAUGGAGAAACUCAUCAAGAAACGCAACGUACCUCAGAAACUGCCCUCUCACAGCAAAAGUAGGCCAGACCUUCUAAAGUCUGAGGUGAUCCUACCGAAGCUGGACUCCUCUAUGACCCAGGUGACCAUACCCUCCUGCCCCCAGAAGGGCUCCACGUCCCCGGGAAGGUCGCGUCGGGCUAAGCCCCGCUACAGGAAGGCCGGGAAGGGCAGCAGUGGAGACUUGGCUGGGCUGAAGGCAGCCCUGUCCUCCACACUGGGCUUGACUAAUGCCAUGCCACUGGCCACCACCACCACUCCCUGCAGCAAGCAGCACUUAGACCCCAGCGCGGCCCUGAGAGGCCUUCAGCACGACCUGCUACUGAAGAAGAUGUCCUCCUCCAGCCCUGACCUCAUCUCCACCACCCUGGAGGCAGAGGGCCGUCGCAGGGGACAGGAGAGACCUGGCCUGGAGAGAGCAGGGAGCCAGAGCGCCUCCGCUGGCCUGGGAGGAGGAGUAGGAGCCGGGAAAGGAGGCGGAGGAGUGGGGACGGCAGAUGGAGGAGUAGGGACGGAUGACCAGACGGAGACCCCACCUCGUAGUGACACCCCCAGCGAGGAUGCAGCCUCCAUCCCAUUCUCCAGCAGCCCUGACUCCCCCUGCGGGAGGGGCGCGUCAGCAGGGAGGGGGUCAGGGCUUGGAGGCCCAGGGCUUGGAGGCCCAGGGAGAAUACCCCAGGAUGGGGAGGAUAAGGAGGAGGGAACAGGGAUUGUCAGGUCACCCCGAAGCCAACACCUGACGCCUGCAGCCCUGCUUUACCGGAAACAGGUCACACGCAAACAAAGACGCGGCGUAUCCUCGGAAGAGGAGGAGGGAGAGGUAGACAGCGAGGUAGACCUGCCACGGAGACGGCGGCCAGUGAGCAUCACCAAGUGCCAGUCCUUGUCCACCUUCAGCUCAGAGAACCUGUCUGCAGUGUCCGUGUCGGAUGGAGAGGAGGGGAACACCAGCGACCACUCCCACAGCGGCACGCCGGAUGUUGUCAGCACCAACACGGAUGAGCGGCUGGACGACAAGAGCGAUGACCUCCUUUCCCAGGGCUCAGAGAUUCCCGCCGAUCCCUCCCUUGACCCCGCCGACGGCCUGUCUGAGAAGGAGGCGGCCAUCCGUCAGGUCAAGACCCAGCUCCACACGGAGCAGACAUAUGAGGUCCUCUAUGACGACUCUGACUGUGACAGUACGGAGCUGGACCACUCAGGCUGCACAGAACUCCAACCCCAGAGGCCCCCCAGCACCAACUGGUGAAAAGGGACAGGCCCCAGCGGGCGCGGACUGAGACCCCCCCAGACCUCAGCACCAAGCAUCUCGGGCAGGACUAUGUGCAGCCAAACCUCACAUCCCAGCCAUAGUUUUGACUGGCUGAUGUCACCUCACGUACAGGGAAGUCUGCAAGGCCACAAUGCUGAUGUAAUGCUACAUGUCAAAGGGUCCUCCACUACUCCCUCCAUUGGUAAUCACUUUGUGGUUUGAGGUUUUGUCAAGAAAUGUGACAUAGUGAAUCUUUUUUGUCUAAGUUAUGUGUCAUCAUCAAGCCCUCAUUAAGAUGUUAACGUUUAUAGAGUUGUAUUUUUUUAAGUUUACUUGAUUUAUAAGGUGUAAUUCAUGUCAGAUAUCUUUUGUUUCCUCACAAGCACUAUGCACUGAGUGUAAUUGAAAUUAAUUUAGUGUUAGAGAGAAAAUUCAAUGUUUACAUUCUUUUUAAAUUGUUUACAUUUUCACAUAUUUAUUAUUUUAUUGCAUCAGGGAUUUUGUUGGCCGCAUUUUUAUACAAUGUUAUUUAUUUUUUAGCUAACAGUAACUGUAUGUAAAUAUCUGACCUCACACUUGUAUAGAGUUCAAAUGUGAGACUAAGACUGACUCGUUUGACACCACUACAUGACGCUAUUAUUUUGAACCAGACAGUACAUAACAGGUGCUUUCAGCGGGGCACAACAUUGAUAGCUCAGACAGAAAUGUUAUGUAGAAUAAACGUGCCUUUCUUAGAAUAAAGGAUUCAUGUCAGCUCUAUGAAUAACAUUUCUAUCUGAAAUAUUCACUGUUUGCCCUGAACAUAGAUAUCUGCUAUAGGUCCGAGACCAGACCCAGUUCCUGACAAUGGUGAUGGGGCAUUACUUAUCAUAGAAAUUAAAUUAAAUAAUUUCUAUGGCAUUAGAUAGAUGUUGAAGAGAGGAGAACAAAAAUAGUUUAAGAACAAGCAAUAGAUCUACCAACACUGAAUCAUUCCCCUGGCUCCACCAUGGAGUACACUAAUCAUACAGCCCUUUUCUUUCAGGGUCUGACAGGAGUUGUUUUUGUAGAUUCACUUUUUUUUUAAAUUAUAUUUGGUAUUGCAGUGUUUAUACUGUAUAAAAAUGCAGCACCACUUACUAGUACUUUUGAGGAGAAAACCUCAGGUCAAAUCUCAAGUGGCAGUCCCAUACCCAUAUAUAUGACACUACUUCAUAAGGAACAGAAUGUCAUUGGAGGUGAAGUGUCGGUCACUGACCGCUAGACCAGUUUCGCUAAAGCAUGCUUGUAAUAUAGGAUGUAUGGGUUGUAUUGUAUUUUUGUCCAAAUGCGGAUGUUAGUCAGAGCAUGAGGCUCAGAUCACAGGGCUGAGUAACCCAUAGAAAUCUAAUCUAUAGAACCAAGGAGUGCCAGUGCUAUGGCUCACCACUCACACUACCAGAGCCAUUUACAUACUGGCACUAACCAUCCAUUUCUGUGGAAAUUGUCAAACACAACAUCCACACAAGAAUUUCCUCCUAAUCCAACUGGUUUUCUGGGCCAAACAAAAAGGCUGCGUCACUGUUCCUCACCUAAAUGCCAAUGGAUUGAAAAGGACUUGUGAAGAAAUAUGGUGGAACCACAAUUACAAAUCCAAUGAUUUUUCCAAGUCCAUGUGGGCAUGUGCAAACUGGUUCAGAAUUGGGACAUGAGCCAGGACUGUUUCAAACGCCCUACUUCUAUCCUCUCCUGUGUACAGCACUGACAUGAUUCUGUUGGGACUAAUCGAUAAAAUGACUCAGUAGGUUCCAUUUGAUAAGCUAUAAAAAAGGCAGCUCCUGUGUUCUUAAGGUUUUAUAGAUCAUUAAGUUGGAUUUUGAACCCUAUAAAGAAUAGUUGCUGCAUGUGCAACAGCUAAUUGGGAUGCAUAUAAACAAAUAGUGUUUAUUUUCUGUAAUACAUCAAUUUGUAACUGUGUUAAAAAAGCUACAUCUAUUCUCUCCCCUUGUCAAGCAUUAACUAUAAGACAAAUAGGUGUUAUACUGGACAUCAUCCAGAAAAAUGCAGAUGUCAUUUUGUUGCCAAUUCAGCAAAAGACCACUGCCCUCUAGUGACUAGCAAACAAAAAUAGGUUAUUCUAGUACAUUUUUAAUUACCAUGGUGCCAGAACUGUCUUAACAACUCUAUGAUCAAUGUCACAUUAAUGUUUGUGCAGAACAAAACUUUUAGAGAUCUGGAGCCAAGCUGGUAUCCAAUAUGCUGAAUUAAGACUCCCAAUUCUGUAGAAAAUAUACUUUGGUUUUUAUAUUGCAUUAUGUAUUGUAUCUGUGUACAAUAAAUAUAUUUAAGAAACAAACUAAGACAAAUAAA